CACAAUAUACAGAAAAUAAGAAAAAAGGAAAAGGAAAUAAAGAGAGAGACAAAGAAAAGUGAAACGGACGUUAAUAUCGUAGGCAUCACGGCACAAAUCACAAUCAGCAAUUGAAGGCAUAAUAGCUCCGAUUGAGAUUUGGGUGAAUCAUAUUUUUUUUGUGUUCGUUGAUGAUAAUGGGCGAGUUGACUCAGACCGAGGUGUACCCUCCCAUAACUCAGCAAGCAUGGAACGCACUGUUGAACUGGUUCGGCUUCUUCUCUCAGAUAGUUUCUCAGAUCAUUGGAGCCUUCGCUCACUACCCUUUACUCUCUUUCUCAUCUUCUGAUUCCUCCUUCGACCCUUUACCCACCGUUGACCACCCCUCCUCCGCCGUCGAUCACCGCCCUCUCCAAAAGCUCACGGUUGUGCUUGACUUGGAUGAAACACUGGUAUGUGCAUAUGACACGUCAAGUUUGCCGGCUGCACUACGUACUCAAGCAAUUCAGGCUGGUUUAAAUUGGUUUGAGCUGGAAUGUGUAUCUUCUGACAAGGAAGCAGAGGGAAAACCAAAAAUCAAUUAUGUUACAGUCUUUGAACGCCCUGGGUUGAAAGAAUUCUUAAGGCAACUUAGUGAAUUUGCUGACCUUGUGCUGUUUACUGCCGGUCUUGAAGGUUAUGCUAGACCCCUUGUUGACAGAAUAGACAGAGACAGUUUGUUUAGUCUACGACUUUAUCGGCCCUCAACAAUUAGCACAGGAUACCGAGAACAUGUGAAAGAUCUUACCUGCAUAUCAAAGGAUGUAUGCCGCAUUGUCAUUGUAGACAACAAUCCCUUCAGUUUUUUAUUGCAACCAGACAAUGGAAUUCCAUGCAUCCCAUUUUCUGCUGGGCAACCACAUGACACACAGCUUCUAGAUGUCAUUCUUCCACUUCUCAAGCAUCUCUCUGAUCAGGAAGAUGUUAGACAUGCGCUCCAUGAAAAGUUCAACAUGUCUGAAUGGUUCCAAAAGCAAGGGAUUCCAGUUUCCAGUUGACGUUGUAGGAUUAAAUUUGUUUACUAUUUUAACUCUUGCUCUCUCUUUUUUUCUCGUAAAAUUCUUAGUUAUAUUGCUGGGAAGCUUCUCAUUGGACAACAUAGAUUUUUAUGUGUAUCAUCAAUUUAUUUCUGUAGUAUCCAGAGUUUUCAAAUGCUACCAUAAUUCCGAUUCUUGUUUAUAGGCUUGCAAUCUGUUGGAAAGUGUCUCGUAAUCCCUUGUACAGUUAUUUAUUAAUAAUUAUUAGCAGUUCAAACAUUCAUUACAUUGGUGUAGUUUGU